GGACAUUUCUCUUUGGUUCCGGCCUCACUGUAGCUAACAUGGCGGCAGAAGGAGACGUAGAUUUGGACCUGGAAGCCGAGGAAAACUGCACUGGAAAGCCGGCAGAAAAGCCUCGCAAACAUGACAGCGGAGCCGCGGACCUGGAGAGAGUCACGGAUUAUGCGGAGGAGAAGGAAAUCUCCAGCUCUGAUUUAGAAACGGCCAUGUCUGUGAUCGGAGACAGAAGGUCACGGGAACAGAAAGCCAAACAAGAGAGAGAAAAAGAAUUGGCCAAAGUCACCAUCAAGAAGGAAGAUGUAGAACUAAUUAUGUCGGAGAUGGAGAUUUCAAGGGCCGUGGCUGAGCGCAGCCUCAGGGAACACAUGGGCAACGUGGUGGAGGCUUUAGUGGCUCUGACCAACUGAACAAACAGCUUUUACACAAUGGACUGCUUGACUGUGUUUUCGUACACGAGUUCAUCACAUCAAUGAGACUGAACUCUGUGGUUCAAGUAUAAUACUUUAAUCUUUUUUUUUAAUAAAAUUUGCUAAUUAAUUGAUCAGUCUAA